AAUUAUUUUGACAAAAAAAGUUGUGUGCAGAAAUAUGACGAGGGUUCUACAGAUUUGGGGCUCAAAUCCCAGAAUAUUCGAAGAGCUUCGCAAGUGGUGUCAGAAACGUAAUGUUAAAAACUUAAGGGCUGCAGGUGAACAAAAAAAUAUUUUCGAAUAAGCCCUCAUAGACUACUUGAUUUAUAAUUGUGUCAAGUGGAUGUUUGAUUUGAUUUCUGCUUCAACGAGCAAUUCGGAGAUUUUCUCUCUCAGCCAUAUUUUCCAUAUUUGCCUGCCUCGUCAAUUCUAGGGUUUUCUCAUUCUCAAUUUCCUGUCUUUCUUCGUUGAAGCAUUAUUUGCUUAUCAGGGACCGCCGUCCUGUUUGGUUACUGGGAAUGUGGAGGGAUGGGAGGAAGAAAAUGAAAUUUGGGCCUUUGGGGUGUUAUAGUUAUGGGUCCCUCUAUUUUCUGGAGAAGAAAAAGAGUAAAGCUUUGGAGAGUCAAAUGGUCGGUCCUAUCUAUCUUAGAUUAGUAGAGGGUGUUUUUAGUUUUUCGAUUAGGUGAUAAAACUGUUCUUAUCUUUUUUUUUCAUGCAUUUUGUUUGCAAUUGAGUGGAAAUUUCAUUCAAGUUGCAGGGAGCUUGGACACACACAUAGUAUUGCGUCAGUCUGAACAUUGUUUUAUGCAUAAUAAUGUUUAAUGAUUUCAUUGUAGUGUCUGGUGGCAAAGGAAUUUGAUGAAUUACAGUGAUUCUGUGGGAAUGUCAUGUUUCGAUCUUUAAUUGGAAAACAAGAAGAAUUUAUUGGUGGGUUGUUCAUUGACUGUCACUUUUAUCUGAUUUUCUGUCUGCUGGGUUAAGAUGAGUGUGGUGGGGUUGGAUAUUGGAAAUGAGAACUGUGUCAUUGCGGUAGUGAAGCAAGGUGGUAUUGAUGUGUUGUUGAAUGAAGAAUCGAAACGUGAAACACCAUCCGUGGUAUUUUUUGGAGAGAAGCAGCGGUUUCUGGGUUCUGCUGGUGCUGCUUCUGCUACUGUGAAUCCAAAAUCUACGUUAUCUUCUCUGAAGAGAUUGAUUGGUAGGAAUUUCAAGGAUCCUGAUGUUCAAAAUGAGCUAAAGAUGUUACCCUUUGAAACUUCUGAAGGCCCAGAUGGUGGCAUUCUUGUUCACUUGAAAUACUUGGGCAAGGCACGGGAAUUUGCCCCGGUGCAGAUUUUGGCAAUGCUUUUUGCUCAUUUGAAAGAAAUAGCGGAGAAAAAUCUAGAAACGCUAGUUGUGGACUGUGUGAUUGGGAUUCCAUCGUACUUUACGGACUUGCAGAGACGUGCAUACUUGCAUGCUGCUGCCGUUGCUGGAUUGAAACCUUUGAGGCUGAUGCAUGACUGCACUGCAACAGCUCUAAGUUACGGGAUUUAUAAAACAGAUUUUUCUAAUGCAGGCCCAACCAAUGUUGCAUUUGUUGACAUUGGUCAAUGUGAUACGCAGGUCUGCAUUGCGUCAUUUAUUGAGGGCCACAUGAAGAUACUCUCACAUGCUUUUGAUGCAAGCUUGGGAGGGAGAGACUUUGAUGAAGUCUUGUUCCAUUAUUUUGCAGCACAAUUCAAGGAACAGUACAAUAUAGAUGUGUACUCUAAUGUCAGGGCAUGCGUGAGGUUAAGGGCAGCAUGUGAGAAGUUAAAGAAGGUUUUGAGUGCAAAUGCAGAGGCCCCUUUGAAUAUUGAGUGUCUGAUGGAUGAGAAAGAUGUUAAAGCUUUUAUCAAGAGAGAGGAAUUUGAGAAGCUGGCUUCAGGGUUAUUGGAAAGGAUUAGCAUUCCCUGCAAUAAAGCCCUAGCUGAGGCACGAUUAACUGUGGAAAAGAUCCAUUCUGUUGAGCUUGUUGGUUCAGGGUCUAGGAUACCAGCUAUAACCAAAUUGUUAGCUUCUUUAUUCAAAAGAGAACCUGGCCGGACUUUGAAUGCAAGUGAGUGUGUGGCACGUGGAUGUGCUCUUCAGUGUGCGAUGCUUAGUCCAGUUUUUCGAGUCAGAGAAUAUGAGGUUCAGGAUUCUAUUCCUUUCUCCAUAGGAAUCUCAUCAGAUGAUGUCCCAAUUUUCAAGGGGCCUAAUGGGGUACUGUUUCCAAGAUGUCAACCAAUUCCAAGUGUCAAAAUUCUGACAUUUCAGCGUAGUGGUUUGUUCCAUUUGGAAGUAUUCUAUGCUAAUCCAAAUGAACUACCUAGUGGCGGAUCACAAAAGAUUAGUCGUUUCAAGAUUGGUCCCUUCCAAUCCCACAGCGAAAAGACAAGGAUUAAAGUUAAGGUGCAGUUAAAUCUUCAUGGAAUUGUCAAUGUUGAGUCAGCUACUUUGAUAGAAGGUCAGACGGAUGACUCCAUUGGAAGAGAGAAUGCUAAUCCAAGAAUGCAUAAAAUGGAGGCCGAGUCUGCUUCUGAUGAUUCAUCUGUGACAGUUGAAAAUGCUAACAAGGAUAAUGCGUCUGUGCAGUCAAAAUCAUUGCAUCCUUCUUCUGCUAAUAUAAUAAAAGACCAAUCUCCUAAGAGGCUUGAGCUACCAAUUAGUGAGAACAUAUAUGGUGGAAUGACCAAGGCAGAGCUCGCGGAAGCUAGAGAGAAAGAACUUCUGAUGGCCCAACAGGACCAAGCUAUGGAACAGACCAAAGAUAAAAGAAAUGUCUUGGAAUCUUAUGUCUAUGAGACACGGAACAAGCUUUUGAACACAUACCGGAGCUUUGCAAGUGACAGGGAGAGAGAGGGCAUCUCUAGGAGUCUACAAGAGACCGAGGACUGGCUUUAUGACGAUGGGGAUGAUGAAACUGAAAAUGCUUACACUUCAAAACUGGAAGAUCUUAAGAAGUUAGUGGAUCCCAUCGAGAAUCGAUAUAAAGAUGAAGAAGGGAGAGCACAGGCUACAAGAGAUCUGUUGAACUGCAUUGUGGAUUAUCGGAUGGCUGUAGAUUCCUUCCCCGCUAAGGAUAGAGAAUCGAUUGUUGAUGAGUGUAAUAAGGCAGAGCAAUGGCUUAGAGAGAAAAGUCAGCUACAAGAUUCAUUGCCUAAGACCACUGACCCAGUACUAUGGUCAAGUGAGAUUAAGAACAGGGCAGAGCAGUUAAACAGGACAUGCAAACACAUACUGCAAGACGAUACUUCUCAUCCAAAUACAGAGGACAAGAAAGGAUCGGACUACCAAGUAUAGGUUUUUGAGCAGUAAUUUAAAAUCAUUAGAAGAGGAAUCUUUUCCACAACUUGUAAUUCACCACAUCCCGUGAUAUGUUUUCGGAUUUUCUUUACCCUUAUACAGAGAAAAUGCUUGGUUUAGAUUCCAGUUUCUUUUUGGUUUUCCAGUGAGAUCAUCUUAUGGGGUUGGCAUCCUGUAUGUACUGAAGAAAAUGGGCUGCCUUGACCCAAUUACGGUUCUUGC